GGUGCGGGCGGCGCGGCCAUGGCGGCUCCGGGCGCGGAGGCCGAGGCGCUGCUGGAGGCGCACACGGCGGCCGAGCUGCGGGCGCUGGAGCGGCAGCUGCGGGCGGCCAUGGAGCGGAAGCGGGAGGAGCUGCGGCAGACGGUGGGGGAGCGGUACCGGGACCUCAUCGAGGCCGCGGACACCAUCGCCCACAUGCGGCUGAGCGCCGAGCGCCUGCUGAGCUCCGUGCGGGGCCUGCAGCGCUGCGGAGCGGCCCGGCCGGGCCCCGCGACCCCGGCCCCGCAGCCGGUACACGAUGGCUUCUACCGGGCGGCGGCGCAGCUGAAGCUGCUGCUGGACGUGCCCCAGAAGGGGUGGGCGGCGGUGGAGCGCGGCCGGUACCUGCCCGCAGCGCGGCUGCUGCUGCUCGGGGCUCACCUCCGCCGGCAGCUGCAGCUCGAUGCGCCCCGUGCCCGCUGCAGCCCUGUCCUUGUCCGCUUCCCUAUCCUGCUGCGGGAGGUGGCGGCCGCCGGACACCUCAGAUCUACCAUCCUGCAGGAGAGCAAGGCGCUGCUGAAGAGCCGGACGGUGUCGGACCAGGCGGUGGCAGAAGCCCUGUGUGCCAUCAUGCUGCUGGAGGACAGCUCUCCGCGCCAGGCCCUGGCUGACUUCCUGCUGGCCAGGAAGCUGGCCAUCCAGCAGCUCCUCAACCAGCCCCACCACGGUGCAGGUAUAAAAGCCCAGGUGUGCUCGCUGAUGGAGCUGCUAACCACGACCCUGUACCAGGCCCAUGCUCUGUUCUACACCGUGCCCGAAGGGAUGCCCCCGGAUCCAGCCCUGCCCUGUGGGCUGCUCUUCUCCACCCUGGAGAGCGCCACAGGCCAGCACCCCACAGGGAAAGGGGGGGUCCUGGAGGAGGAGGUGACGUUAAGCAGCUGGUUCCGGUACCUCCCGGAGGCCGUGGUGCAAUUCCAGCCGGCCCUGCGGACCCUGGCACAUCCCAUCAGCCAGGAGCACCUCAGAGAGACACUGCAGAAGUGGAUCACCAUGUGCAGUGAGGACAUCAGGGCAGGGGUCAGCAGCCUGCUGGUGUAUGUGAAGAGCAUGAAAGGCCUCGCAGGGAUCCGCGAUGCUGUGUGGGAGCUGCUGACGAGCGAGGCCCUGAGCCAGCACUGGGAUGCGCUGUGCCAUCGCCUGCUGGACAAGCCUGCUUCCCUGUGGGAGGACCUGCUGCAGCAGCUGUUCCUGGACAGGCUGGAGACACUGACCAAAGAAGCGUUUGACUCCAUCUCCAGCAGCUCCAGCCAGCUGCUCACCGCUGCCUUGCAGGAACUCGAAGUGCAGCCCAGCACCUCUGCCCCGAGCAAGCACAUCCAGUUUGAACACAAUGUGGCCCUGUUCCUGUGGUCAGAGAGCCCCAGUGACCUGCCCUGUGAUGCUGCUUGGGUCAGCGUGGCAAACCGCGGCCCCUUCACCAGGAGCGGGCUGGCCAUGAAGGCGCAGGCGCUGACGCCGUGUGUGCAGAGCUUCUGCUCGGCUCUGGACGCCAAGCUGAAGGCCAGGCUGGAUGAUCUCCUCUCCUACCUGCCCCUGGACCCCUCGGCCAAGGAGGCUGCUCCCGCGGUGCAGCCACGCUCUGCCUUUGACCGCUAUGCUGAUGCCGGCACAGUGGAGGGGCUGCUCCGUGACCGCUGCGUCGCCUGCAUCCACCAUGUACUGGGCUGUGUGCGUGAAGAGCUGCAGAGCACACAGAGCCUGCUGGGGGGGCAGGAGGAUGCUCCCAGUGAUGCCAGACUCAACGCUGUCCUCUUCAUGGCCAGGCUCUGCCAGUCCCUGACCGAGCUGUGCCCUCACCUGAAGCAGUGUGUCCUGGGCCGGUCGGGCAGCUCAGAGGUGCUGCUGAAGGAAACCCGCUCCACCAAGAAGCUGGGCAAGGGGAAAGCCCAGGAAGUGAGCCCCGUGCAGGCCAAGUGGCAGGGGGUGAAGGCAGAGCUCCUGCAGCAGAGCCUCUUUGCUUACCAGAUCUGGAGCUCGGCUGUCACCAAAGGGCUGGUCGAGGCCUUUACCCGCACGUUGCUGCUGGACACAGCUGGCUCUGUCCUGGCCACAGCCACCAGCUGGGAUGAAAUUGAAAUCCAGGAGGAGACUGAGUCUGGAACCACCGUAACGUCCAAGAUCCGGUUGCCCAUGCAGCCCUCCUGGUGUGUGCAGUGCCUCCUGUUCAGCCUGUGCCAAGAGGUGAACCGCGUCGGUGGCCACACUCUUCCCAAAGUCACCUUGCAGGAGCUGCUGAGGAGCUGCAUGGCACAGGUGCUUGCUGCCUAUGAAAAGCUUAUGGAGGAGAAGCAGGAGAAGAAGGCAAGCGCCUUCCCCAUGACCCAGAACAGAGCUCUGCAGCUACUCUAUGAUCUGCGGUACCUGAGCAUCAUCUUGACAGCAAAGAGUGAGGAAACAAAACCCAGCAGGAUCAAGCAGGACUCCAGGAUGGAGAAGGUGAUAGACUUCCUGGAGGGACACAUAGAUCCGUUUGACUUGGACGUUUUCACUCCCCACUUGAACAGCAACCUGAGUCGCUUGGUUCAGCGAACCUCCGUUCUCUUCGGCUUGCUGACGGGCACGGAGAACCAGUACACGAGCAGGAGCAGCACGCUCAGCUCCCAGGAGCAACACAACAUCUUGCCUUUAGCAUCCAGCCAGAUCAGGUUUGGACUUCUGCCACUGAGUAUGUCAAGCUCACGGAAGAGCAAGUCUGCUUCUAGGAGCACAGACAGAGUUCAGGUUCCACCUCCUGUACUCCCAAGAGCAGAAGACGAGGUGUCACGGCCUGGCUCUUUGUUCAGGCAGCUUGUAACCGAGGAGGAAGACACAGCAGCACCUUCUCUCUUCAAGCUGGGCUGGCUUUCUGGCAUGACCAAGUGACCCAGUAAAAACUGAAACAUGU